AUGCGCAGGGACAUCGAGGCCGAGUACGCGCCGUGCUGCCGCAUAUGCCUCUCGACCGACAACCACCGCGGACUUUUUGGUGCAGGUCAUGAGCUCAUAUCUCCCUGUAGGUGCAAGGGGUCGCAACAGUUUGUACACCGUUCCUGCCUAGACCAGUGGAGAGCUGUCAAGGAAGGGACUGCUUUUUCACACUGUACUACUUGCAAAGCACAGUUCCAUCUCCUGAUUGAGCUUCUGGAGGAUGACAUUUGUCUUAGAAUGAAGUUCUGGUUGUUUGUUUCUAGAGACGUCUUCCUCAUCUUCCUUGCAAUACAAGCCGUCAUUGUUGCUAUUGCUGGCGUGGCAUUUCUGUCGGACAGAGAUGGAAAAUUCAGAAACAGGUUUACUUAUUGGAUGCUGUCAAAGCAUCCUCUACCCUUCUACUAUUGUGUUGGUGUGGUGUUCUUCUUUGCACUGGUUGGACUUUUGGGGCUGCUGUCACACUGUUUUUCUUUCGAUUACCGUGAUGAUGAUCCAUCAUGCCUGCCCGAGCCCGAGUGCUCCUACGGAUGCCUGGACUGCGAGACCUCACGCUCAGGGGAUGAUGAUGAUUGCGUUUGUGUUGUUAUCAUGGUCGUUGUCCUAGUUUUCGCUCUCCUUGGAAUCUUUUACGGUUUCAUUGCAGCAACUAUGGCCUUCCAGAAGAUUAUGCAGCGCCACUAUCACAUACUCAAGAAAAAAGAGCUGACAAAGGCAAGAACCUCUAUUCUACUCUCAACACUUUAUCCAUUCAAAUUUUGCUGGUUUGUUCAUUUGUUCAAUAACCAGUCAAAACUCAAAACAUUAUCGGUGAGCAGGUGUACGUGGUGGAGGACCUUCAAGGGGGUUACUCGAUGCCACCCAAGAUGGACCCAAAGCACGAGCAGCGCCUGA